GCAUAUAUCUAAUUCAGAGUUGUAACUACGGAUCCAUUAAAAGUGUCACGCUGCCCUCGCUUGAAUAAGACUGAAGUUAGUCAUUAGUGUACAUUGUUAUGAAUUAUGAUGAUAUAGGAUUUGCUUCCACAAUCAUAUUUUAGGCUGGAAGCAAAUGUUGUGUUCGAGUGCUGUUACACCAAUAAGUAAGAACAAGAGCCUCUGCAUUAAGCUUGGUUUAUAAGACUAAUUGUGGUGUAGAGUUACACCACAACUUGAAAAGUAUGCUGCAUUAGAUCUUUCAUCUAUUUCUCUCUGGCAGACGGCAGUUUAAGCUUGUUUGACAAGACAAUUCUUGUUGUCGGCACCUGAAAAUAGCUGUGAUGAAUGCACUAUAUGAAUAUGUUAGUGAGGCUUGUGGGUUUUGUGUGGGAUGCACACUCCCUGAUAUAUUCUAAUUGGCUUAUCAUCCCACUUAGUGUGUGCAUAGCACACUUUUUCAUAUUAAAUAUGCUACCCUUUGGUGUGUUGUCCAAAACUCUCCAUUCUUCCAAGUGCUUUCUGAUGCAUCCAUCCAUCUUCAUAAAUUUCUCUUCAUUUUUAUAUGCUUCUUUGGAUUGAAUAUCUUUAGGUGGACAAAAAGCACAAGGCCUUGGGAUUAAAUUCAUGUAUAUGUAUAAUUCUCACAUAUCUAUAAAUACACCUCUUUUCAUACUCAGCAUCCUCAACCAGCCAUUCUUAUAUCCCCCCCCCCCCCCCUCCCCUCUCUCUCUCUCUCUCUGCACUUGGUGAUGGCUUUCCCAAACCAUAUGGAGAUUACAAUCCCAAGACAGGAUACAGAGCAAAACCAUGGCAACAUUAGGGUUGUUCCUGAAAUAGAAGCAUUUGACUUAUCACUUGGUGCACAAUGGCUGCAAGCUGCUGUGCUAGGAGCUAAGGACGGAUUUGUAUCUAUUGCCUCACUGAUGAUGGGGGCCGGAGCUGUCAAAGGCGGAGUUAGGGCUUUGAUCCUCACUUUCUUGGCAGGACUCUUUGCUAGUGCUUGCUGUAUGGCGAUAGGGGAGCUCGUCCAUGCGUCUUCUCAGCUAGAGGUAGUAAUAGCCCAGAUGAAGAGAGAAGGCUCAGCCAAUCCCUCUCGACCUGCUGUGGAAGCAGUGAUAGCCCAGAUGAGGAGAGAAGGCUCAGCUUAUCCCUUUCGACCUGCUCUUGAGGCAACCCUCGCCUUUUCAUUGGGGGCUUUUGCCCCAAUUCUCAUGGCUGCCUAUAUUACUGAAUAUACUGUUAGGUUAGCUGUGGCCAUCGUGGCUUCCACCACCGUGGCACUUGUGGCGUUUGGUGGCCUCGGGGCGGUGCUGGGACGGAGCCGGGUGGUUUCUUCUUGUGUUAGGGUGCUGGUUGGAGGCUGGAUAGCUAUGGCUAUUACCGCUUGUUUUACUAAAUUACUUACUGUUAAUUAGCGGUAUGGAAAUGUGUUAGAAAAUCACUCAUACCAUUUUUAUCGGCUGACCGAAUUAUUUUGGAAUUCAAGAUAAUUAAAAUUCAAUAAAACGAAUUGUUGACACAAUCACACAUAUAUUGAACCUAUAUUAUAAUAUUUCAUCCA